GGCUCGGGCUACACCUCGAUUCGAACGAAGUCGGUGGUGGAGGACGAGGCUUUCCGGAUGAUAAGGUCUCUCGACACGGUCUACAAGAAACUCAUGAAGGGCGAAGUGAUUCCGGCUCCAGAUGGAGGCGAGACGGCGGUGCUGACGUUCCGUAGUCCAGCUUGGAGCGACUACGAGGUGUUCAAGUCCCCGGAGAAGGUGGCAUCGGGCGACUGGCAGACAGCAGAGGGUCGGCCCCAGCGCAGCCAUGUGCCCGACAGCGAGGGCUGCCACCUCGGGACCCAGACAAUCUGCGACACUGUCAACGCGGAGCUCAACGACCACCCGCUGCUCCGUGCGAAGCUGCUCCGCCUGCCGGUGAGGGACGUUGGGGCCACCGAGAGAAAUCUGACCGACACCGAGGUUCCGACCUUCCCGACGAGUGAGGACGGCAAGAUGAAGCUGGAGCGCUAA